UUCUCUCUUCUGUAAUCACUACUGAUUUUUGCCAAAAGCAUGUUCGAUCCCUUUCUUUUUCUCAUCUUUUCCUUUGCAAUUGGCAACUCUGUAAUUAUUGCUUUCUCGUUUUUUAUAUGACUCUUUUGUGCUCUUUGUGUUCAAAACUUGGAACGAAUCUGACUGCGACUGACCCUUUCUUUAUCAAUGGAAGAUUUUGAAUGGCGUGACCCGCUUCUUGUAACCGCUGAAGUUACUUCCUUGAAGCAGCAAGAUCCGAGCAACAGUUACAGUGAAUUCGAUCGUGGAUCGCCGAGUUCGUGUAGAUUUACAGCUUCGGUUAUGGGAAAUUCAGAUGAAACUAGCCCGACGAAGAUCGACGGUCGUUUGGCUUUGGGAUUUUCAUUGACGUCGCCCGAUAUAGUGUGUAUGGGUUCACCUGAUGUUAGCAACCAAACAUAUGAAGAAUCACCACAAUAUUUGAUCGAUGGUGGAAGACUUGAUGUCUCUUUAGAGAAUGGAAUUGAGGGUUCUAAAACCAGAGAUGCCUUCAGGGCUUCAGAUGGGAAGAUGGACGACUUGAGCACCGAAGCUUCUUUUGAGCUCAUUGCUCCUUCAUUAGCUGACAAGAACUCAAAAGAAAUUUCCACUGUAGUAAUAGGGAUCAAUGUUGGAUCCACAAAGCCUGUUGAAUUUGAAGGGGCACUACAAUUUUCGGAGGACAGUAAUUUCAGUGGGGGAGAUACUUUGAGCACUGAAGAUCCCAUUAUUGGGCAAGGGGAUGGGCUUAGUCUCUACCAAAGCGCUCGGUUCGGGGAUUUUUCGUAUAAUUUUGAGAAUUUAGAACCUGGAAUGUACAUGGUUGAUCUGCACUUUGCUGAGAUUAUGUUCACCUCUGGUCCUCCGGGAAUGAGAGUGUUCAAUGUUUUCCUGCAAGAACAAAAGGUCAUAUCUUGUUUGGAUAUCUAUGCGCAAGUCGGUGCCAAUAUACCUUUGGUGGUAUCUGAUCUCAAGGCUUCCAUCGGUAAGGAAAAGGGCUUAUCCAUUCGAUUCGAAGGAGUAAUGGGAAAGCCUAUUGUGAGUGGCAUUUUUAUCAGGAAAGAUUCUUCUGAAAGUGCUGAAGAUGUCAAUUUAGUAGAAGAAGUGGAAUUCAGGCAUACGGCACUGUGCAAAUCAGUGAAUGAUGCUAGAAGUGAUUCCAUUGGCCAGGAACCACAUGGACCUGAACUGGAAGAACAUGCACUGCAGAAGGAGGAACUCUUGGAAACAAAGAGGGCUUUGGAAGAGCUAAAGAGGGAAAAUGAGCAGAAAAGCAGAGAAUGCCAAGAAGCUUGGAAAUCUUUGAAAGAACUUCAGAAUGAGCUUAUGCGCAAAUCGAUGCACGUUGGAUCACUGGCUUUUGCUAUUGAGGGACAAGUGAAGGAAAAAAGCCGGUGGUUUUCUUCUCUUAGAGACUUGACGAGAAAAUUUAAGAUUCUGAGGAUGGAUCACCUCAGUCUUUCACAAGAUGCUUUGAACUUCAAACAGUACUUGAUGGAGAUGGAGAACAUCAGAUCCAUUGUUCAGUCUACAAUGAAUCAGCACGCACAAUUACACGAAGAUGUUAAACUUAAAUUCCUACAGGAGGUUAAGGAGAAGAAAGAACUUUAUAACAAAGUUCUAGAACUGAAAGGGAACAUUAGAGUAUUUUGUCGGUGUAGGCCAUUGAACAAUCAAGAGAUCGAAGAAGGAGCUUCAAUGGCUGUUGACUUCGAAGGCGCAAAGGAUGGGGAAUUGAUGGUUAAAUCGAAUGGGAUAUCUAGAAAGAGCUUUAAGUUUGAUGCUGUCUUCAGUCCUGAAGCUAACCAAGUUGAUGUAUUUGAGGAGACAGCUCCACUUGUAACAUCGGUUCUAGACGGAUAUGAUGUUUGCAUAUUUGCUUAUGGGCAAACUGGAACUGGCAAAACUUUUACAAUGGAGGGAACAAAAGAAGCUCGCGGGGUAAACUACAGAACACUUGAGGGACUAUUCGACAUCAUUGAGGAGAGAAAGAACACAUUCCAAUAUGAAGUAUCUGUGUGUGUCUUGGAGGUAUACAAUGAGCAGAUAAGAGAUUUACUAGCUUCGGAUUCACAGCCUAGUACAAGGAGGCUUGAUGUUAAACAAGUAGGCGAGGGAGGACAUCACGUACCAGGGCUUGUCGAAGCACGCGUAAACAAUGUCAAUGAGGUUUGGGAAGUUCUUCGAACUGGAAGUAAUGGAAGGGCUGUUGGAUCAACUAAUGCCAACGAGCAUAGCAGCCGGUCGCAUUGUAUGCACUGUGUAAUGGUGAAGGGAGAGAACCUACUCAACGGAGAAUGCACCCGAAGCAAGCUGUGGCUGGUUGACCUCGCUGGAAGCGAAAGGAUAGCUAAGACAGAAGUGCAGGGCGACAGACUAAAAGAAACUCAGAACAUAAAUAGAUCGCUUUCGGCACUUGGAGACGUAAUAUCUUCGCUUGCUACUAAGAGCCCUCAUAUUCCUUUUCGGAAUUCGAAACUCACCCACUUGCUUCAAGACUCUUUAGGAGGAGAUUCAAAGACACUGAUGUUUGUGCAAAUAAGUCCCAACGAAAAUGAUCUGUCCGAGACUCUUUGCUCGUUGAAUUUUGCCAGUAGAGUUCGGGGGAUAGAGCUAGGCCCUGCAAAGAAGCAGAUGGACAAGAUUGAGUACUUUAAAUACAAGCAAAUGGCUGAUAAGUUAAGACAAGAUUUAAAGAGCAAAGAAUUUCAAGUUAAGAAGCUGGAGGACACUAACUAUGGCCUUGAGGUAAAGAUAAAAGAGAGAGAUGCAAAAACCAGAAACCUGCAAGAGAAGAUCAAAGAAUUGGAAUCACAGCUGUUGGUAGAGAGGAGGCUAGCCCGGCAGCAUGUGGACACCAAAAUUGCAGAGCAGCAUCAGCUGCAGCAACGGCAAGAGGAGCACAACCGCGAACCAGGAAGAUCGCCGCUUACAGCUAAAGCAAAUGUGAAUUCUCUAUCCGCUGGAAGUGGCGAAUUCUCAUUUCGCCCGCCUUCCCUGGAUGGAUACGCCAAGAUCAAUGACGACUUCAUUGAUAAAGAAAACAAUCCUGAGAUUGCUGAACAACUGCAGCUGCCAAAACCAACUGGCCGAAUGUCCCUUUGCCCUGCAACCAAUCCACGGCGCAACUCUCUCAUCCCACGUCCAAGUUUACCGGGGACAGCUAAACUCCCCCCUCCAUUUCUUCCACUGACUCCAAUUCAAGCUGAUGCUGCAACUGAAGUCGCUUGUCCCCCUGAACAUCUGCCUUGUGAUAGUCCCAAAGAUCAAAGAAACCGAAACAAGAAGCUGAGCAGUGCACUAAGAAGAAGCCUCCAGAGGAAAAUCCAAGGCAAGUCUCCGAUGCAGCCACCCCUAAGACGAGUGGGAGUGAAUGUUGGCAUUGAGAAGCUAAGAAUUUCAAUAGGGAGUCGAGGGAAAACCGGGCAACGAAUGUUUCUUGGAAACGCUAGAAAAGCUCAGCAGAAGCAGCAGAACCACAGGGAAAAGGAAAGAGGAUGGAACAUUGGAACAGCUACAAGAACACUUGUAUAGAGGUGUGCAUAUAUAAUAUAUAUAGAUCUAUAUCUAUAUGUGGUAUUUAUGUUCAGUUUUACACUAACCCUGCACAGUAGGAUUUAUGACAUUGAUUCUUCUUGUCUUCUUCUUUCUAGUUUUUCUAAGGGUUGUCGUAAAGACCAUGUCUUCUUUGUCGUUUUUAUGAUGAUUCUUGUCAUCUCUUGAAAGUCUGAA